CUCUUCUCUCUUUCUCUCUUUCUCUCUAUUUCUCUCGCGAUCAAAGUCUCGAUCCGACAAAGAAAUGUCUGCUUUAAUCGGAGGUUAUAGAAUCAGUGGAGUGUUGGGUCGGAGGCGAUUUGAAUCGGCGGAUUCCAAAACCUUCCUUCUGAUUCCAAAUUCCUCUAAACUCGAUUUCUUUUCCUCUCUCUCUCUCUUUCUCUCGCGAUAUGCUGAAACGACAAAGGAAUUUGGAAUCAGAAGGAAUAAUUUGGAAUCAGAGGAAGGAUUGGAGUUGAGAAAAUGCACAAAGACACCAAAUAUGUAUUUAUUUCUGGACUAUGAUGUUAGACUGCAUCCUGGAACAAUCGGAGCUCUCACAACUGAGAUUGAGAAAAAUCCAGAGAUAUUUAUUCAAACAGGGUAUCCUCUAGACUUGCCUUCUGGAACACUUGGGAGUUAUUGCAUCUAUGAGUACCACAUGGUGGGUAAUGCCUCAUAUUGUAUCAGCUACGACCUUCGGUCUUCAGAUGCAAAUCAUCCAAUUAAUAUAGCUGUUAGAUGCAAGGUACCUAUCCAAGUGAACAAGUACCUUGCCUACAGUGAUGAAAUGAGUGUCAUUGAGUCAGGAAAGCUGUCAACCCCGGCACCUGCUUCAAAUGGUUUACUAUUUAUUGAACAAGACCGAUAAACACAAGCCAGAUGGGGGAACCGGAAAGACUCAUUCGUGACCGCUAUGAAGAACACAUGCGUAUAGACGAGCUAUGAAGACUUCUCACCAUUGAUGCAAGGUAAUUAAGCGUCCGUCCGUACUGACUUUGUGAAAGCUUUGUGUUGAGUAAAUGGUAAAACAGAAUCAGUGAAGACUUUGAGUUCUUCUUAUUUCAUUUCUGCAUAUUUUGGUGAGGAAGUCUUGAAUGUGUUUAUAAACACUUGUAUAGGCAAAAAUUUGGCACAAAUCAAUAUUACAAUUAAUCAUUUUCCCCAAUUGUACUUCUAUUGUAAUAUGUAUUAUGUUUUGUAUGUUUCAA